AUGGCCUCCCUCUUCCGAGCUCUCACGCCCCUAACCCGGUCCUCUCCCACGAUAUGCGCCUCCUGUCGAACCACCCGCCCCUUCACCACCACCACCCUCCUCACCAGCGGCCACAACAAGUGGUCCAAAAUCCGCCAUGACAAAGCCAUCAACGACCGCAAAAGAAUGCAAACCAUCCUCUUCUACACUCAGCAGAUAACUGUCUCUUGCAAAUUAUACGGCCCCGACCCAACCUACAACCCCAACCUCGCAAACAUCAUCACCGCCUCCAAAAAAGCCGGCGUCCCCAAAGAAAAAAUCGAAGCCGCCCUCGCCCGCGGCCAAGGAAAAUCCACCUCGGGCGCCACCCUCGAGUCCCUCACCUUCGAAGCCGUAGUCCCCCCCUCCAUCGCCCUCAUCAUCGAAGCCGAAACUGAGUCCAAACUCCGCUGCCUCCAAGACCUCAACCUCCGCGUCAAAAAGAUCUCUGGUGCCCCGUCCUCUUCCAAAUUCUUCUUUAGUCGUCUCGGCAGGGUGGUCUUCGAGAAAGACUCGGAAAACAAUGUCGAUAUCGACCAGAUUAUGGACGAGGCGAUAGAAGCCGGUGCCGAAGAUCUCGAAAAUGACGCCGAGGGUAACAUUGUUGUUUGGACACAGCCAUCCGACACGGCCCACGUAGCCAAGACGUUAGGGACGAGGUUCGACCUCAAGGCGUUGAGCGCCGGGAUUGUCUGGACGCCAAACGAGGGCACCAAGGCGAGGUUGGACAGCGGUAUCCAGCAUGAAAAGUUCGCCGAGAUGCUCGAGCAGAUGAGGGAGGACGGGGAUGUGCAGGCGAUUUACAGCAAUGUGACGAGGGGGGAGAUGAGCGAUGAGGAGUGGGGGAAGAUUGAGGAGUGUUUGAGCCGAUAG